AAUAUCAUAACAGUGCAACGACAGCGGGGACGGCAGAUGUUUCCUACGGCUGCAUUGCAUUCCCUAUGGAAAUUCAGAUGAAAACAUAAUUUGUAAUGGUGAAUUACAAACAAUAAGCAUUGAAGCACAAAAAGUGCUGUUUUUUCAUCUCGCCAAGGUUUUACUUUUAGUACUGUACUUUUGAAUUGCUUGGAGCUUGUAAGGCAAAUGGUCUCAUUAAGCCGCAGUGAGUCACUGUGUAUUGCUGAUCUGCUGACGCCUUCGGGGAGUAACUGUAGCGUGCAACAUGGCGAAUUGGCACCAAGCUCAUCGUUGCUUGAAGAUGGCAGCAGUGACGGAUGCAGCCCUCGUUCUUGCUCCAGCCCAGACUCCCAGGACGCUAACUACUGCAGCGUCAGUUCCAGUCUGCUGGAAAAAUGUAGCGUGAUGGGGAUGCUGGUGUCAGCGCUUGACGCCCGACAGGCCACAGACGCUGAAGCCUGCUCGGAGGUGUUUGAAGCUCAGUUGAAAAUGCCUGAUUUUUGCUCCGCUUUGCCUGGUGAUUUCAUCCCCACGCUGGAGGAGAUCGAGGAAUUCUUGAAAGAGAAAAUGGAAGUAGUCAAAGACGGACUUUCGGAAAACACUGCUGCCACAGAAAUCAAAGUGGAGGUGAAAUCAGAAGCUUCAGGCGACUCUUCCUUGGAUUCCACUAGAUGUUUUUUGUCAUCUUCAGAGGACAGUGGGCUUGGACCUACUCCAGAGGUGACUGUAACAGCUGCAACUGGGAGCGUGCCGGUGAUUCUUCAGCUUCAGCCUGCCCAGGUGCCCAGUCCGUACUCAACCUCGCAAACUCCAAGCAGCAUGAAACUGACUCAGUUGGUUGUGAAUGUCCAGGGUCAAGCCUUUGCCUUGGUACCUCAGAGGGUCCAGGCUCCAGCAAACAGUGCAACCCGCCAGUUUGUAAAGAUUGCCCCCCUGCCCAUAGCGGCAAGGUCCAUGGCUGUUGGUAGCUUGGUGAAUGUUGUUGAGGCCACCCAGAAGCUUCAGAAAUCAUCAUCAUCAUCAUCAUCAUCAUCAUCAUCCUCCUCCGCCGACGUAAUCAGAGUGCACAAGUGCUCAUUCCCAGGGUGCAACAAGAUGUAUACCAAAAGCAGCCAUUUAAAGGCACAUUACAGACGGCACACAGGGGAGAAACCUUACUCCUGCACGUGGCCAGAUUGUGGCUGGCGGUUUUCUCGUUCAGAUGAGUUGUCCAGGCACAAACGCUCCCACUCAGGAGUGAAGCCAUACCAGUGUCACAUCUGUGAGAAGAAAUUUGCCCGCAGUGAUCAUUUAUCCAAGCAUGUGAAAGUGCACCGAGGACUAAGAAAUGGCAGAAUACCCAGAACAGCCAGUUAACACUUGGCUGUCCUUCUCCUUUAUAGGAAAGCACACCAGGGCCAUUGAACUUGUAAAUGGAAUGUACAAAAGAUAUCAAAAUGUAUUAAUGUGUGUCUGUAAUCUUUGGACGUGAGUGGGAGUGGGUUUUAACAGCUCUUAGUUUGAUAAGUUAUUUCUCUAAGUGAUAAAAUGAACUACAUUUCUAAUGUAUGCUUUACUCACCCUUACUCUAUAAUACAGAAAGGUUGGUUGGUUCACAUUUAUCAUUGUAAUAUAGACUCUAGCUGGGUCUUUGGGAUGUUUGUUGUGCUUUUAUCAGGUAUAAGAGAUAUCAGUGCAGAAGAAUCAGUACCAAGAACUGCAUGAACAAAUAUAUAACAAUUGGUAAAAGAAGCAGAGGGGGGGAUGUGAGGAGAAUUUUUAAUCCAAUAAGUUGUUUACGAUCUAGAAUUCCUGAAAGGAUGGGUGCAGAUCCAUUAGUAGCUUUCUAAAGGGAAUUGAGCAAGUACCUGAAAAGGAAAAAUUUAUGGGGUCAGAGUAAGAGAAUAAUUUGGAUAAUUCUUGCAAAGAGAGUGCACAGACAUGGUGAUCUGAAUGGUAUCCUCCUGUGCUGUAAGAUUCCAUAAUAGCUAUGACAGUUUUUUGGUUAUAGAACUGAGCUAGCAACCAACGUUCCCUUCAAGUUUUGUGCAACAGUGCAUCAUUUGUGGAGGUACCCCCACUGGCUGCUUGCAGGCUUUACGAUACCGCAUGUGUGAGUGAUUACUGCUAGCAACCCAUAGGUUAGAGUUGAAAUCCCAGCAUCAAUUGACACUGUUGAAGGGGAUAAUAAGUUGUGAAAUUGUGCUCAAUGUAUCUGUUAAUUUGUGGUGAGAGCCUGAAAGCAAUGAAUAUUCCAGCCUACGCAUGACACUGGUUGCACAAUAUGUGGUUGAUUUUUAAUGGCCUUUAAAGUAACAUAGCCUGUUUUGGAUAUUUUUUUUUAAAUGUCAAUCUUGGCAGCUAGGAUUGAGCAAUAAAUGUGGUCUUGCCAGCAUAAUCAAUAUUCUGAGAAUGAACUGUAAAAGGUGGCAGAGUAAGGCUUCCUGCUACAUACAAUUAAGGUGCACCUCUUUAAAAGUGUCCAUCCUGCAGGGGUGUUGCCAUCUUACGCCAGCCCUCCUGUGAGCCCCAUUGAUUUUCAUCAUGGAUUUCUGUCCAUUUGGAAACUGUGGUAGAGGUUCUACAUUCCCAUUCCUGACGGAGCGAACAGCCUAAUGCCAGAUGUGAUUUAACAGCUGGCUAAUCCAGUCCUGCUCCCAGCUUCCCAACUCCAGUGUUGUACCCAAUGCUGAGGAAAACUCAUUUGGCCCAUUAAAGUUCUUCUCAAUAGUACCUUCAUUUUCUCUUUUUGGCACCUGGUUACAUUUUGGACAAUGUAAUGGUUUUGCUAUCAUAACCCCCGGAUGGAAGAUUAUCCAUAAAUUCAUUACUUUAGAAAGAAGACGUCUUUCUAAGGUGCGUUUUCUAUUUGUUGGUGUUACAGUUCACUCGGGCGAGUCCAAGCUGUUGUGGCAAUGUGCACUUUUACGUGCAUGUUGUAGUCUGGAGUUAUGGAUAGAUAGAUGGUAGAUGCUCCAAUUUUCUUGCCAUCACAUGGCUGACCAGGAAUCUCUGCUCUUACCACCCACCAUUGGCAUGUGUUGGAAAGGUUUGCAAGUUAGUACUCAGCUUGUUUGGCUGCGUUAUGAACGCACCUUCUUUGACCAUCAGGUCCUGGGGUGGGACUCGAACCUUAGAGCUUCUAGCUCAGAGGCAGCGAUGCUACCCAUUGCGCCAUAAGACCUCCAUUUUAUUUUCAAUUUACUUUUCAUUUAUGAAUUUUGCCACCUGGCCUUAACCUUUGGUAGAAAAGGUAAAUUAUUUCAAUAAAUAAAACCUUUGCAGCUAUUGUGCCAAAAAGCAUUUAUUUCACUCUCAAAUUCCCAGUCACAUCCCUCAAAAAAAAAACUGCAUCUUAACCUGAGAAAAACUUCUCGAAAGCAACCUGUAGUCAUUCACCAAAUUCUGAAAAAUAAUUGUGCUUACAUUUCUUACAGGCUCAUUCUCUUCUCUGAAUCCAUACAAUGUGGGUAUUAUUUCCUUUACUUUGACAUUGCACCACUUCUUCUGCAGUUCUUUACUCCAUUUCAAAUUGUGGAACUCCUCACUCCUCAGUCUUUCAUUUUUCCUACAGCCUUAGAAUGUAUGUGAGCAGGAGAAGUUCCAUUCAGCCCCUCGAGCCUGUUCCACAAUUCAGUUACAUUAAUAGCUGAUCUGUACGUUGACUCUAAUUACCGGCCUUGGUUCCACACUCCUUAGUGCCCUUGGCUAAGAAAAUAUCAAUCAAUCUGAGUUUUGAAAAUUUCAAUUGAUCUAGCCUUAACAGGUUUUUGGGGAAGAAAUCCAGAUUUCUGCUACACUUUGUGUGAAGUCCUUCCUGACAUCGCCCUGAACGGCUUAACUCUAAUUUUAAAGUUAUGACCCUUUAUCUUUGAUUUUAAAACCUAUCAAAUCCUUUAAUCCUAAACAUCUCAAUGAGAUUCCACCUUAAUCUUCUAUACUCAAAGUUCCUGAUUUAUGUUGUCCUAUCUCCUGCUUUCACGUUGGGUGCUGUUCUGAACUAUGGAUCUUUACCUGGGCUUUUUAGUGGUGUAUUGUUCAGCAUAAGUGGAACUCACUAAGGAUGCAAUUGAUUUAUUAAAGGUUUUGUGAGUUAGUCUUAUGUGGAAAUGUGUAAACUGUAGAAAAGGGCAUGGAGUGUAUUAGACUGCAUUGUUCCUGUGUGAAGGAAAAUUACAUCGUGGGUAUGAUUUGAAAUUGCAGGUCAUGUCAUGUCUAUUUGUGUCAGAGAGAAUUAUACUUGGAAUUUAUCAACAAUGUGUGAACUCUAUUCAGCUGCAGUUGCUUGGAUGGGUGCCACAUAGUAAAUAAUCUGUCAAUCAUCACUGUGGCUAUUUGCACACAAGCAGUGGUCACCCACGUAAAAUACCGAGGGUUGCCACUGCCUUUGGAACAGUCUUGUAGCUUGUUGCCUUCAUGAGGGGAAAUGGAACAUUAGGUUGGGAAAGUUAUAGGAAGAAUUCCAUAUGAACUUUAAUAAAAGUGCUCCAACCCAAAGAAAACUUGGAAUGACAGAGGCCUUUAAGUGAAGUCACAUGCAAGUUUGAGGCAGGAUAGUGAUUAGUUCAUCUUUAGCAAAGUCAUAAAAAUCUUAACUUAAACAAUUGAAAACUUAACUCAUUGGAAACCCUACCUCAAGUCACUCUUGCGUAUUUUGAUAUGAUCCAAUCAGUCACGACCCCAUUUUGCAAUAUGAUUACAAAUUAAAGCUACUAACAUAGAUUUUGGUGAAGUCCAUAUUGGAGGGAAGCUUCCUCUUCAUGUUAUUAAUGCUGACAUUGCAAACACAUCUGCAGUUCCAUUGCAAACGUAGUAAAUGGAGACAAUCUUUCCCAGCAUUAUGGUUCAGUGUUGGGCAAUACUGGUUAGGCAAUACUGAGGCCACUUCACAGAUUGAAAUUGCAGAUUCUCAAUGCAGGCAGGUGCUCAGGUUGGUAUGAAGUGAAAGGUUUUGUAAUUUGCAAGCUGAUAAAUUUACUUUUGUAGUGUACUCCAUAGAGUACAGUAUAGUCAUAGAGUACAGUACAGGAGGCCAUUUGGCCCAUUGCUUCUGCACUGGCUCUUUCAAAGGGCAAUCCAAUUAGUCCCACUCCCUGAUACUUUUUCUGCAUACCUGCAAUUCUUCUUCGGGUAUUUUUCAAAUUCCCUUUUGAAGGUUCUAUUGAAUUUAUGUUCAUCAUCCUCUCGGGUAAUGCAUCCUUGCUGCAUAAAGAAGUUUUUCCUCCUAUCACUUCUGGUUAUUUUGCCAGUCAGCUUAAAUCUGUGUAAUUUUCUCAACGUGUCACUGGAUGAUGAUGAUCAGGAGGGUAAGCUGAUUGAUUUAUUUCCUCCUUAGCCCAGGAGCUCUGAAGCCAAAUGCAGUUCCCCUAGGUCUCCCCUGAAUGAGAUCUACUAACUCAGCAAAAGGCAGGGAUGAACCCUGGGGCAUUUGUAGCCUAUGUCUCUCAGUAUCAUACUGGGUUGAGCAUUUAUCCACCGUGCCAUUGAAAGGGUUUUUUAUUUUCAUGGCAUUUGACUUAGUAUCAUCUAACCCAAUCCUGAACUCCCAUCUUUCUCUAGUUUCUCUCUUAUCCAUCCCUGUGCUCUCUCCAAGCUCAUCUUGUCCAUGAGAUCCACCUCCUGCUCCCUCAACCUUAUUCCCAUUAAAAUGCUGACUGCCCAACUUCCCUUCCUGGCCGCAUGUUAGCCGAUAUUGCUAAUGGUUCUCUCUAGUCAGGUACUGUCCCCCUCGCCUUCAUCACCUCUCUGCUCAAAAACAAUCUCUUGACCCCCUCCAUCCUUGCAAACUACUGCCCCAUCUCCAAUCUCUUUCCUCGCCAAAACCCUUGAACAUGUUGCCUCCGAAAUCAGUGCCCAUCUUUCCAGACACUCCCAUGUUUGAAUUCCCCUAAUCGGGAUUCUGCUACUGUCAUAGCACUGAAAUGACUCUCAUAUUGAAUCUGAAUCCCUUUUUUGGCUCAUUACACCCAAUGUCCUUUAACAUGGGGAAGAUGCAUUUAAUUGUACAUAUAGUCCCUGGAUAUAUGGAUUUAAUCCAAAUUUUAUUAUUAAAGGGUUUGUAUAAUGUUUAAUGAAUAAGCAAGUUAUUUUAACCAUGCAGCAUUAAACGAAGCGAUGGUAUACUGUAAAUGUUGUAAAAUGUCUGAUAAAUCAUGUGAAUAGUGCUAGUAUAGUCUUUUUUUCCUUGCUGUUAAAUUUUCCCACAGUGAAGGUAAUGAAUGUCAGAAAUGUAUUUUGUUCUCUGGUUGCCCAUCAAAACCAGCAUUGCCAGAAGGAGUUGCUGGGGGUCCUCAUAUAACAGGAGUUCACUCAGACUGAAGCGACUUUGCUUUUAAAACCAUUUUCCCAACCACUGACUUUGUUACAGAACAUUUGAGUGUGUAUGUCAGAAGGAGGUCCAGCUGCAGUCAUUGCAAGCUUCUUCCCAUUAAAUAUACUUGCAUCGUGAUGUUUGUUUUUGUUUGGAAUGAAGGGAAGUCACAUUAUUA